CAACGCUGCACCAGUGCGCUCAAAAGCGAGAGCGCAGACGGAGCGGAGCGGAUGCUAGUAGAGAACUGGAAAACAACGAGCAGAGAAAGCUUUUUGCAGUGAAAUGUGGGUGAAAUAAAAGCACCUUGCUGGCGCAGCAUCAGUGUCCGAUCAGCGGUAAGACGGAGCGCCUGUUCGCCCCCCCGCUUCAGCACCGCAGGGAGGAGACACGCAGAGGAGGAAAGAUUCCCCUAAACGCAGUGAGAGCGUCGGAUGAGGAGAAGAGGAGAGCGGAGGGCAUCGGAUAGGCAACAACAAGGAUGGCAGCUCCAGACUUAUUGGACCCUAAAUCCGCCACUCACAACUCCAAGCCCCGCCUCUCCUUCUCCACAAAGCCGAUCACACUGACUCCCCAGGAGGAGAGUGAGGUGAGAGACAAAAGAGAGAAGUUACACAACCAGAUUUUAAAAGUGGUUGCCACAGUAAUGAAAUGGAAGACGGUGACAGCCAUCUUUCUUUUGGUGGUUCUGUACCUGGUGAUGGGAGCAGCAGUCUUCAGAUCCCUGGAGCAGCCUCAUGAGAGUGCCCAGCGUUUGGCCAUCCUGUCCCAGAAGCUGGAGUUCCUGUCCAGACACUCCUGUGUCAGCCAGGGCCAGCUAGAGGAGCUAGUCAAGCAAGUUGUGUCUGCUAUCCGUUCAGGAGUGAAUCCUGCAGGGACACUGACCAACCACAGCAGCCUGUGGGACCUGAGCUCUGCCUUCUUCUUUGCUGGAACUGUGAUCACAACUAUCGGUUUUGGGAACAUCUCUCCCCACACAGAAGGUGGAAAGAUCUUCUGCAUUGUCUAUGCGUUGCUAGGGAUACCUCUGUUUGGCUUCCUUUUGGCUGGUGUAGGAGAUCAGCUCGGCACCAUAUUCGGAAAGGGCAUUGCCAGAGUGGAGAAAAUGUUUGUGCACUGGGACAUCAGUCAGACAAAGAUCCGGGUCAUCUCCACCUUGCUGUUUGUGCUGUUUGGAUGCCUGCUGUUUGUGGCGCUCCCAGCAGCCAUCUUUAAACACAUUGAGGGUUGGUCUGCUCUGGAGUCCCUUUACUUUGUGGUCAUCACCUUGACUACCAUAGGAUUUGGAGACUUUGUGGCAGGUGGUUCAGACAUAGAGUACUUAGAUUACUAUAAACCAGUUGUAUGGUUCUGGAUUCUGGUGGGACUGGCCUACUUUGCUGCCAUCCUCAGCAUGAUAGGAGACUGGCUCAGAGUAAUCUCCAAGAGGACAAAAGAAGAGGUAGGAGAAAUCCGAGCUCAUGCUGCAGAGUGGACGGCUAACGUCUCAGCAGAGUUCAAAGAAACACGGCGACGUGUUAGCAUCGAUAUCUAUGACAAGUUCCAGCGCGCCGCCUCGAUUAAACGUAAACUGUCCUCGGAGCUGGGAUUCAGCCCUGGCCCUGAGUUUACUCUGCCCAAGAGGACAGUGUCGGUCAAUUUUAGCGAAGACCGGGACAGGAACGAGAGGGAGGCCGGGCUGAUGGGCCUGACCACACCUAUGGCUAGAAACGGAGGUUUGUUCAUGAACGGUUUGGACCCAGAGAGAGGAGAUAUCUCAGUCAUUGAACACCUCCAGUAGAAAAGGAACGGUCGUCACCUUUUAAGAUAAUUUUCAAUUUGCAAACAGUGGUCUUGUUAGUGCUGAGAAUGAAAUGCUUUUUUUUUUUUUUUUUAAUUUUCAUAGCAAGUAGAAGUGAGAAUGUGGUACUUUGUGACCCCAGCAGGGACAUCUUCACCUCUCUGCUGGGAUGUAAGCCUUUCUUAAGAACACUUCCGUGGAUCUUUGACAACAGAACAUUUUUCACCACCCAUGGAAACCAAGAGCAAGACGAAAAAAGAACAUGUGUUGAUCUUGUUGAAAGUUUUGCAUUCGGGUGUCUGUAAUCUAGAUCUCACUCAGGUCCUGAAAUAAAGCAAAGUAGUCCAGUUAACCCUUCUCUUAAGGGAC